AUCUCCCUUUCGCUUAUGCCAUUAUAAUGGGGAAUGUCUCAGCUCGGGGAGGAUUCUGGUUUCUGGAGUCCCUUGCAGUUGCUGUCAGAUCUCUGCUUUUUCCAUCUCCCAACCCUUAAUUGCAAAAUUAUUCUUCUGUGUAUGUAGUUGUCUGUCCAGGUAAUGGAGUUGCAGGCAGAGGAAAUUGUCUGGGAGCUCUGUAUUCAUCCUGGGGAAAGUAUGAAAAGUAGCAGCUGCAAAACAUCUGUGUUUCCUUGAGGCCCCAUGUCUGGCACGUUGCAUGCUGCCAAAAGUGUGGCCAGGCAGACGGAGCAGGCACAGCCCUGUCUGCAGCACAAGAGGUGUGAGCUGGCUCCUGCAAUGCCUGCUGCUAUUCCUGGCAUCCUCUCAUGCGUUGGGGAAAUCCAUGCUCUCCUGUGUGAUGUGCAGCACUGACCAUCUGCAGAUCUAUCCUUCCAUCCCUUUCAAGGAAAUCUGUGUAGCUAGAUCCUGAGCUUGUGUCUCAUCAGCUAUUGCAAGGAACCAGAGUAUUCCCUGCUCCUGCAUGGGGGCAUAGGUUCCUGUGGGAGCAGCUCUCUGCUGCAGUGAAGGGCUGAGUGCUGCCCUGCAGUGCACACAGGCUGAGCACGUAGGGUUUAUUUCUCCUCCCAGGCUGAUCCAGAUUCUGCAAGUCAGGAAGGUAUUGGGGCUGCACUGGAGCAGAGGGCACCAGCCAGUGGUGUGGGAUAUUUUCCAUUGAAACCUGCUCCUGUAAAAGGGAUGGGAAAUGUUUUACACUGUCAGAGAACCAGCAGGAUCCAUCAGGAGGUUGUGGGCUGCCUGUGCCCAAGCCCAGCAGCAAUGCAGCUUCAUGACCCCUGCUGAGCUAGAGGAGCUGUGGCACAUGUCCCUCGCAUGCAGUGGGGCUGUGCCUGCUGCAUCCUGCUGCUUCAUGUAGCCGUGAGCAAUGCUGCUUUCUGGCGUCAUGGUCAAAAACAGAGCUGAGUCUGAUCCCCUCCCUAUGAACAAGGCUUGAGAGCAUGCUAAAGCAGAUAAAGGUCCAUUUAUGUGGCUGUUGUAUCUCUGCAUUCCCUAUUUUGUUUGCACACCUGGAGCCUUGCCUUGGUGCAAGAGCAAUGGCAAAGAGUUGUGUCAAGGUGCAAGCAGGGGAAAGGAAGUGUUUAUGCUGAGCUGAGCACCAGGACUAGAGGAAAUGCAGGGUGCCUGAGGGGUUCUCCUACCCCAUGUCCUGCAGCACAAGCAUAGCAUCCUCUACACGAGGCCUGCUGCAAGGCAGCUGUUGGACCUAAAGAGAAAAAGGACUGGAAGUGAGACAGAAAACUGAAGGAUCUGAAUUAAUGUGGUGGCAGAAAACCAAUAUGGAGCUAUGAGACUUCAUCUUCUACCAGAACGGAGCUGUCAAAGCCAAAGUCCAGGCCACGGGCUAUAUGAGCUUCUCUUUUUUUCCAUGGAGGUGGUACAGGAAUAGGGCUUAGGAUUCUGGCUCCAAUAUGCACUUGUCCUGUCAACUUUAAAAUAGGUUUGGAUGUGGGAGGUAGGUCUGGAUUUUGUCUCUUUUGAGCUCUCUAUGAGUUCUUUCAGACUCCCCCACUAGUUUUUCUUCCCACAUUUGGGGUAGGUGUUGUGCUCUCAUAGAGAGCAUUAAGGCUGUUUUUUCCUCUACAACUUCUGUUUCGAUCUGUCCUUGUGCUCCUGUUGACAUUUUAUAUGCUGUAAACUACUACCACGUAUUUUAAAUUUGUUUGUUUCUCAUUGAGAAAUGCCUAGAAACUUAAUAGCUACUCUAAGUCUUUUUAGGAUGAUUUUAGAGUCUUUCUGGAAUGGAGGAGGGAAAAAAAAAGGAGGGAUUGCAAAAUGAAAGAAAUAGGGAAAAGGCAGGUGGAAUCUCAGACUGUCACUGGAAGGAAAGGUAUAGAGUUGGAAGUUUUUGUCCACGUCACAAAAAAGAUGAGAAGAAGCACAACAGUGGCAUUUCUAUAUGUCUCCAGCCUCUCGUGCUGACUUCACCUGCAAUACUGGGGCUUGGUCCCAAAGCUCUGGUCAAACCUUGAAGGUGCUGGAGGCUGGUAGAAGUUUGCUGUUGGGGUCCUUCAUCAUCUCUUGGCCAUCCUAUCACUAGAUUUCUUUGCUCUUGUGCUGCUCCUGUUGCUGUGAGCCCUUGGCUGUUGUAUCAUCUUUGUGGAAAGAUCAGAACUGCUCCAUUUUUGUAAUGUGCAGAUGUACUCAGAGCCCAUGCUCUACCUGGUGCAGCCUUGCAGGAUGCAUUCCGAUGAGCAGAAACGCAGUGCUUGGGCUGUCAGGUGCUCAUACUGGUUCUUCUGCCCUUGGAGGGGUUCCUUUUCUGCUCUCUCAUCAAGGACAAGAGUGUACAGGAGUGGCACCAUAUGACACAGUGCGGUGUUUCACCAGCUAAACAAACUUACUCUACAGAGCAUGGCAUGCCAUUGCGCAGUAGAACCAGGGAGCAGUGGUUACUCUUGUCUGCAGGCAGUGGUGACUGGAGCCUGGUGUGCAGGAAGGGUCAAUGGAGAGAGUGGGAUCUGACUGCAGGAAAGUUCCUCAGCUGCUUUGCUUUGUUCUUGUAGAGGUGAAGAACUCUUUGGUGGCCCAUGACAUGGCAUUUGAGGUGGCACAGGCUCCUUGGAAUCCAGAGCAGCAGAUUGAGCGUCCACGGCUCACUGAGAAGGCCCUGGACACGGAGGACCAGGCUGCCUUCCGGCUCCACUCCACGAUGCCCAGAUACAUCUACUUUGCAACCAAAAAAAACAAGUGGGGCCACCAACGUGGCUACAGGAUUCAAAUCAUCAGCUUUGCAGGGGAUCACAUUCCCGAAGCCAGUUCCAUGGAGAGGGCCAUCAGCUGGGCAAGGUACAAGCUGGCUGUCACCAGGCGGAAGGAGGAAGAACCCACCAGCACCAGUGUCUACAACCAGAAUGACCCUUGGACACCCACUGUCGCUUUUGCAGACUACAUCAACAAUGAAACUAUCACCAAUGAGGACCUGGUGGCCUGGAUAACUGCUGGCUUCCUCCAUAUCCCUCACUCAGAAGAUAUUCCCAACACCUUGACGGUGGGAAAUUCAGUUGGUUUUCUCCUGAGACCCUACAACUACUACGACUUGGACCCCUCCAUUUACUCACCCGAUGGCGUGUUUUUCACCAGUGAGCAGAACUUCAUGGCAUGUGAGGUUAACCCCAUCACCUGCCUGUCCCAAACUGCCUCCUGCUUGCCAAGCUUCCCCCCAUUCACCUAUGACGGAUUCCAAAACAUCAGCAGGCUUUAAAGGUCCAGGAAGCAGGGUUAGAGGCUGACUGAUCUCCCAUGGAUAUUCAUUUCUUUUAGUGGUGUUUUCUUUGUUUGCAGUUCUGUAACAACUCUACUUUCUAUUGUGGCUUUUAUAAUGUAGUGAUCUGUAUGAGUGAAGCAUGCUGCCCAGCAGAGGUCUGCAGUCUCUGCUAACUGCUGCAUGCCAGGGGUAAAAGCGAGGAGAAAAUGCUCUUCCUCUGUUGUAGCAACAAAUGCUGUGUAGUGCCAAUGUCAAGGUUUAAAAAAAAAAAAAAAAA